AUGGGGUUUGAAUGCAUCUAUCGACCUCCACUGAGCAUUCUAGAUGCGGACGCAUCAGUAUUGGCGCGCCUUGCAAUCUUGGAAUCUCGUAUUCAAGCAAUGGACCAACGCCAUCUUUCAGAGACCAUCUCCUCUAGCACUCCCAGUCGAGAUAACACCCUCGGCUCGCCUCAAGCCGUCGUCACGCCGUGGCCCAAGGUUCCCGAAUUUCACCAUGCCGCUGCACACAAGAUGUUCCAUUAUUGGUCCAAACUCAGAAUCAACAUCAGUCCUCCUGAGCUGGAACCAUUACACUUCUUCAAACAGGUUGAUGACGCUGACACCUUCUUGGUGGGUUCCAAGUUUGAGAGUCAUAUCUCUGGAACGAUCUACUACGCCGAGUUAAUGCGUGCGAUUGAUCUUUUAUUCGAGGAAAUCAUGCAUUUACCAUUCAUACUCCGUCACUUGUUGACAUCUGGCGGACUUUCUCGGAAUAUGUGCAUCGAUGUAUUUGGGGCGCACGCCCCUGCAAAGCCUGACCCUACGGUCACUCUUGACUUUGUUGAUCAGUCUGCAGAAGAGCUACUCAUACAGACGGUCGCCUUGAAGCAUUUGGCGGCGAAAGAGUCUAGUGUGGUUUUGAGUCAGAAGGCUGAUCUGGCUUUCAGAUAUGCACUGGAACGAAUGUGGAUGAUGCAGUCCCAACAAAGUCCACAGGCACUGCCAUUUAAGUUCCUGUUCGUCAUCAUCAUGCUCUAUCUUUACGGUAGACCAUUUCACGCUUUAGGAAUAUUGCAAAGUCUUGAAUCUUUGAUACAUAACACGUCGCCAAGCAGUCAGGGUGAUAUUUCGGCUCGGGCACGCUACGAGGCUUAUUUUUAUCAGUACUUUCUUCUCGAAAGCGAUAUCCUGACGGAAAUUGAUGGAGUGCCCUCCCACCGUUUACAUAAUAUCGGUUUGCCAACAGCGUUCGACGCCGUGACAACACCACCCAAUCUGAUGGGCAGUGAACCAGGCUCCUCUUUGACUUACGAUUAUGCCAUACAGGAACUUCAUUCUCAUUUGACGCUUCGUGGCUAUCUCAACAGCGUCCUCGCAAAUCUGUAUACGACGGAGAGAGCGUAUUGCCGACCUGACGAGAUAGCAGCAAACCUUACCGACAUUGCCCGUCGAUUGGAUAUAUGGUAUUGGUCCUUACCUCUGGAGAUGAGAUUUCCAAGACAUCCUGCGGCAUUUCUCCUAACGAUACCACGAAUGAGUGACAAGAUGGUAAGCAUGAAAUUCCAGCAUUUCAGGACAAUCAUUAACCAAUCGUAG